UUAAAAGUUCCUCAUUUUAGAGACUGAUCUACACUCGGAAGAGUGAGUGCAAAGCGUUCGGAGGUGUGUUCUCCCGAGAUAAGUGCGUUCCGUUUGGGUUGACUUUGAAGAGUGUGUUCAACGGCGACGGCGACAACGACGUGUGUUUGCGGAGAAGUGCUGUGCAAAUUUGUCAACUGCAUUUACACUAUUAUAGUCCUGUACCUAAGGACGCCGAAUCAAUUAAUAAGCAAAGAAAUACGAUGAAGAAGGCAACGCUCGACACCAUAUCGAUCCUGCUGGCAGAGCUCGUGGGAACCGCUCUGCUGGUACUGCUAGGAUGCAUGGGCUGCGUUGGAGUUCUGGGUCAUACGCCUUCCCACUUCGAGCUAUGCAUCAACUUCGGCCUGGUGGUCAUGAUUCUGGUCCAGGUGUUCGGAUGCGUGUCCGGAUGUCAUAUCAAUCCCGCCGUAACAGCCGCUGCCUGGGUUUACGAAAUGGUGUCUACUAAGCUGGCUCUUGGUUACGUCGCAGCCCAGUGCAUCGGAGCCUUCAUGGGCUUCGGUAUGCUCAAAAUGUUGACUCCGUCGGAAGCGUUCACGGGAGCUCUGGAGAAGGGAGCCGGGUUCUGCGUUACCCAACCCAAUGCUGGAAUCUCGAUUGCCCAAGCCGUAGGAAUUGAAUUCCUGGCCACCGGUGUCCUCGUUCUGGUAUGCUGCGGAGUGUGGGAUCCUCGCAACUCCAAACUGCACGAUUCGGUCCCGCUGAAGUUCGGUUUCACCAUCGGAUGCUUGGCUGUCGCUGCCGGUCCCUACACAGGAGCCAGUAUGAACCCGGCUCGAUCCCUGGGACCAGUGCUGUGGAACGGUGACUGGACGGCCCACUGGGUCUACUGGGUUGGACCGCUGUCGGCGGCCUUCAGCAUUGCCUUCCUGUACAAGACGGUGUUCAGGCGCGAGGUUCCCGAACCGGAGUACAACCGUGAACUGACCGCUCUCAAUACCGAGAAAUAGAAUUUUGAAUGCUCAUAUCGACGAACUCCCCCCUCCCCAUCGCAACGCAACGGGGUGAACCGAAGUUAACUCUUCAUCAACAGUGCCACUGAAAUUAAGGAAUGCCAAACUGAUAGAUGUGAAUGUUUUUAAAUUUCCCAGUUAUGUAGUUUCAGAGAAUUUUUGGAUUAGCUUAGAUAGUAAUGAUCUAGAUUGUAAGGAUAAAGAAUACGUAUGCUGUAUGUUGUGUUUAUUGAAGAGUUUAUGUAAGUCAAAUGAUGCAGCGAAAUAAAGUUUAUAGUUUAUAUAAAAGACAAA